AUGAAACCAGUGUUUCCCCAGUUCUCAAGACUCGCCAGACCACGCUCCACGCCACCACCCACCGCUUAUCAAUCCCACCUGACCAACAUCAGACUCAUCAGGACAAUCUCCGCUGUCCACAUGGCAAAUCAAUCUAGUCAAUUUGGCAACUGGCCCGCAGACAAAGUCCGAAAGACGUUCUUCGAGUACUUGGCCAGAUCAAACGGCGUGGGGCACAGUGCCGUUGGCUUCAGGCCAACUGGUCGCUUCUCCCAUCAUUGA